UGGUUUUCAUGACGACAGCGCGAUAAGUGCACCCACUCCAUGGAGCCAGUCAUAUCCAAGUCCUCUAAGUAAAAUUUUGUUGUAACAGUCGUCCAUACUUUUACUUGGAGGACUUCAGUCACAGCCAGCACAGUUGAAGAUUUUUUUUCACCAAGACGAAAGUGAGACAAGAUGGCCAUCAACGGGAUUGUGUUUCCGCUGGAAAUCAGCCUUCUGGACGAAACCUGCAUCAUCUGUUACGAAAAGCUGCAGUGGCCGAUUUUUUGUCCCCAGUGCAAGCAGGGUAACUGCUACGAGUGUCUGGGCCGUUGGUUCCAGCAGAAGCAAGAGUGUCCGAAAUGUCGGCACGUCUUCCAGUUGCAAGCAGACAGACGCGGACGGUACGGUUGUCCGCGUGACGGAAAUUUAAUCGAGUUUUACUGCGAGCAGUGCGUUGAAUGCAUUUGCCGCGCAUGUACGGGAAACCUAAGCCCGCACUAUCGUCAUCCGGUGCGAAGCCUGGAUGCUCUGCGGAGGGAAAUGGUUGAUGCGUUCAAAGCGAUGGAGAACAAAAUGAACUUGCAGCUGGUAGAAGUGGCCUGCAGUUUCGGUUACGGUGGAGAUAUCGCUAAGAAAGCGUUGCAAAAAAUCAAAUCUCUAAUCCCAAUGGGAAGUCCGCUGGAGUGGGUACAACAGCAACGUGCUAUCCAAACCGAAAUCGAUAAGAUUAUCCAGCCAGUGAUUGCCGGAAAUGCUCAACAAACAACGUCUUCCUACUAUCUGCCAAACACGGAUUUUGAAGAGAAAACUUUUUUCCUAACCGAAACAAACACAGAGCAGCUGUUAUCUGCUACGGACCGACAGGGCAACACUUGGGAACUGACGGUAUAUCCGGGUGGAUACAGCGAUGCGAAGGGAAAAUUUAUCAGCUUGUAUCUUAAGCUGGUUCGGGGCACGCCACUGCGCUAUGAAUAUCGGUUCAAGAUAUUCGAUAAGGGCAAUCAACCACUGGAAACUUACUACGCGGUGGAUGACUUCACGGUCGGAAGUCAAUCCACCGCGUGUCAAAGGUUAAUUGACAUUAACCAAGCACGCCAGAAGGCAUGGGGUGUAAAGGGCUACCAGAUUGCUUUUGCCACAAGACCAACGGAUCCGAUGUAUGGCCUUCGCUGCGCAACUGCCUUGGCAGAAAACAAACUCAAACGGUUGAAUUACAGGACAUUUACGUACAUGGUGCAUAAGUUUUCGUAUAACAAGGUUGCCAAUCGCAUCCUGUUUUCGAACAUCAUGUUCGACCAUCAAAACAUUUCAUGGCGUUUCCGGAUCGAUUGCAACGGCCACUGGGAGCAAGGCGAGUACGUUAGCGUAUUCCUGGAACUGCUGAAUGGUGUCGAAGGAUGGUUCGACAUCUUCAUCAAGGUCUACAAUCCGAAUAAUCCAACGAUCUCGUUCAAACGGGAACUGACACAUAAGUUUACCGUGCAUUCAAACUGGGGCGUUCCGCACUUCAUUCAUCAAUCGGCGGUGUAUCCGUAUUUGUGCAACGAUCAGCUUAAGUUUGAUUUUGGAAUGCGACCAGCUUACGUCGAGAAGGAGAUGUGAAUGGGUUACUUUUUGUUAUGUUAUAAAUUCCUUUUUUUUUCCUUUUCUUAUUUACAAUUUGUAUGACCUCAAGUGAACUCAAAUGAACUGAGUUCGAACUUGUUUUUG